AAAUUGACAACUUUACGUGGCUGACGGCAACUGGUGACUGUACUGCUGUACCUAUUGAAUUUAAGUUUUGUUGAUAGAUGAUUCUGUUACAAUUUUGUGCUUACUAUUUAAAUAAUUUCGUUUUAAAGUAAAUGCCAGAUACCAAAAAAUAAAACCAAAAUGGGCUUGUGUAAGUGUCCCAAGAGACGAGUGACAAAUCAAUUUUGUUUCGAACAUCGAGUGAAUGUUUGCGAAAAUUGUAUGGUUACAAAUCAUCCAAAGUGUAUAAUUCAGUCAUAUCUUCAAUGGCUGCAAGACAGUGACUACAAUCCCAUAUGUGAGAUUUGUACAAAACCAUUAAAUGAAGGAGAAUGCAUACGACUUACUUGUUACCAUGUUUUUCAUUGGUCCUGCGCAGAGUCUAAAUACCGAGCAUUACCGAGGACCACAGCACCAGCUGGCUAUCAGUGUCCAUCAUGUGCAACAUUAGUAUUCCCUCCUCCUAACUUAGUAUCACCUGUAGCAGAUGUACUGAAGGAAAAGCUGGCUGGAGUCAAUUGGGCUAGAGCAGGCUUGGGCUUACCAUUGCUAUCAGAGGAUCAAGAUCUAAAGGGUGCAGCAAGCCGGCGCAGUCAGUCUCCAUUAGAUACCGCUUAUUAUGGCCUGGAUCAUCGUGGUACACCAGUUGGAGCAAGUGAUGAUGAAUCAAAUAGCAGGUCCGCUACUGCCACACCACAUUCCAUAGUACAAAUGCCUGACGAACCUGCCAAUAUGUACGAAAAUACUUCAAUAAAAAGGACUGACGGAUUACAAGGUAGUCAAGCUCCAAGGAAAAGUUUCAAAGCAGUCGAGAUUUCGAAACAGACGCCGAACUACGACCAUGACGAAAAUAAAUAUAAACAAAAAUCAACGUUCGCAUGGAUUAGCAGAUGGUGGAUAAACUCUCUCCCAUCUUCUCGAGUGCGAAGAGCCGGAGGUAUCUACAAGCGUUAUUGGAUACUGCUUUUCAUCAUCAUUGUUGUUCUUGUUGUUCUGCUGUUACUCAGCCACCGGGAUGUUGAUGAUCAGAACCCAUUUGGUUUCAUUCAAGACGAAGACCGAAGGAUACUUCAGAAAAACUAAUUUAUUUUAUUGUAAUAAUGUAUUAAAGCAAAAUAUAUCAGUGAUAAUAAUAUAAUGUGUAUAUCAAAUUUAUGCUCUUAAUUCCAUAAAUCACUAAAAAC